AUGAGAGGAAGAGGAAGGGGACAAGGAGCAUAUGUAGCCCCAAACGACCAUGAAGCCGAACCUUCGCACAGGCGAACACUUUCAGGCUCCCAUAACACAGAUGCUCAAAAUCUGUGGAGGUCUUUUACUGAACCCGCAAGGCACUCGGUUUCACUGAGUACCUCGCCUUCUAUCCCACACUCCUUUGGGCCUCAAUCAGAAAAUGAGCCCCACAACUCUCACCAGUCCUAUAUUCCACUUCAAGGACACCAAUCACCCUUUGACCACCCAUCACCUGUUUUCCAAGGCCUGUACAACCCUGCUGACUACCUUGAUGUGCCUAUGGGUUUUAACCCACUUGGACCAGAAGACCAUUUUCCAGGUGACAAUGCGAUGGAUGUCGAUGAAGAUACCGAUCCCUCAAUGCCACCAUCUAGAACUCCGAACCACCCUAUCAAGAUUUCUGAUGGGUCACCUUUUGUGGGAUCACCAUACAAUGGUCCCGACAGCUUUGAGGAGAGAUUCAGGCAGCAUGACUGGGUAUUUACCCCUAGUUACCAUAACUCUCCCCUGCACCAGCCGCAACACAGCUCUCCCGUGCACCCUCAGCAGCAGCAACAGCAGCCACAGCAGCAGCAGAAUCCUUCUGGGGAUUCCCGACUUGUCGCGGUCACUCCACCGCCGCCACCACCUCCGGUUUUGCCUCCUCCGCCUCCGAGGCGAAGACGAACGAACGCACGAAUUUCCGCACGAGGGGGAAUACGCAUCGGCACCCCUCCACAUUCAGGUAGCAGCCGAUACUCGCCACUUCACGAAGAACCAGAGAUGGGAGAAUCUUCACAUCCCGUCUCAGAAGUAACUUCUGCACCAAUCGCGCCACCACCACCACAGGAUUUCGGAAACCCAAUCCCUGCUUAUACUAGCGCGGCAGCAUACAAUCCCUUCAAACAGACGUACCCCACAGGUUAUGACUAUACAGGGAUCCCUACUGGGUAG